ACUGCAACCCAGCGGAAGAUCCCGUCAUAGACGGACAUAUCGUCAAUUUUCUGGCCCGAGUAGUUUAACUAUUCGAGUACUUCACAGUCCUUCUCAGGCUGACUCUAGUACCGGAUCAGGCGCUUGUCCAGGCAGGGCUCAGUGACACCUUUAAGGACAUCUGCGAAGCAACUUUCGGACUUGCUUUCUUCGCUACUCCGCAUCGAGGCGGCGAACAUGCUAGGCUCGGCAGCGUUGCGGCUGAAAUCGCGAAGUUGGUGACAGGCAACUCGAAGAAUACGUUUCUAGACCAUCUACAGAAAAACUCCAUCUUAUCAGAACAGCUUCGUGGCUACUUCAAGAACCAAAUUAAGAGAUAUAAGAUUCUGAGCUUUUAUGAAGAAAGAUACAUGGGGCGACUUGGGCUGAUAGUAGAUCGAGAGUCAGCUACACUUGGACUCGACGACGAUAUCGAGACUAUUAUUGGUGUUGAAGCUGAUCACCGAAGUAUUUGCAAGUUUGACAGCCGAGAAAGUCCAGCGUACAGGUCUGUCAUAGACAACCUUGUCAAACUUGCCAAUCAGGCCGUGAAGAAGUUCAGAGAAGAGAUGUUUCGAGACUCGCAAGAUGCUUUUGCAGCUGGAAGGGGAAAAUGGCUUGUUCCAUAUGCGGAAAAUCCACGAUUCUCAGGGCGCGAGGCGGCUUUGAAGAAGUUGGAUGAGUAUCUAGAACCUCGACUUGGAUCACAGCGGAGAGUGGCCUUAUAUGGACUCGGCGGAGUCGGAAAGACACAGAUCGCGCUCAAGUAUGCGUACAGGAUCCGGAACGACUACGAGAAAGUCUCGAUAUUCUGGGUCCACGCCAACAGCCGCGAAAAAUUCCAUCAGUCAUACCUGCUGCUGGCUAAGGAACUCGACAUCCCUGGUGCCGAUUCCCACCAAGUAGACAAGCUGGCUGUGGUCAGCGAGUGGCUCAGUCGGGAGAGGGUCUGCGGACAGUGGCUGAUGAUCCUACAAAAUGCUGACGAUGUGAGCAUGUUCCAGGACCGCCCAGCAGACCAGAACCAGGAGACCUUCGCGGCGAAAGUGACAGACUACAUUCCCAGUUGUCAACACGGUGCGCUCCUGAUCACCGCACGAGACAAGAACGUCGGUGAAGCCUUGGAUGCAAUCAACCACCAGAUACUGGCAAUGGACCUAUCUGAAUCGGUAGACAUGCUGGCACAGAUCCUCCACGGGGACCAAUAUACACGGGAUGAUUUCGAAAAACUGGCCCAUUGUCUCGAAAGGGUACCACUGGCAAUGAGUCAAGCAGCCGCAUACAUAUCGAAGAACUCGAUGAGGAUCAGCGACUUUUUACAAAUGUUUGAGAAACGAGCAAACGCCCUUGAUAUCCUUGCUCGGGACGUCAAAGGCGUAGACAGAUCCGUCACGGCUACAUGGCAGAUGUCCUUCACGCAAAUCCGAGAACAAAAUUGUCUUGCUGCCGACAUUUUGUCUCUGAUGGCUUUCUUGGAUCGAAACGACGUCCUCGACACUCUCAUUACAAGUCAGUACGAGAAUACCUCUGACACGCAGUUUGAAGACGCCUUGGGGCUCCUGAAAGCAUUCUCCCUGAUCCAAGAGACAUAUGCGAUUGUCGCUGGUGAAGAGCAUCGAGCUUACAGCAUGCAGCAUAUGGUUCAGUUGGUUACUCGGCAUUGGCUGGCAAGUCAGAGCGCCGCAGAUACAUGGGCAGAAAAGGCACUGUUUGCGGUUGCCAGGGUGUUUCCUCCUGGUGAGCACGAGGAUUGGGAAAAGUGCGAAGUCUACCUCCCUCAUGUUCGAGUAGUCUUGGACGUGGAGAUCAAGUCGAAGGCAGGGACCAGAACCAAGGCUGAACUGCAAUACCACUCCUCGUCCUUCUUCCGGGUCAAGGGCUAUCAUGCUCGAGCCGAAGAAAUGGCCCGUCAGUCGAUCAUCAACUGGAAGGAAGCCCUUGGGCCAGAUAAUGCUUCGACGCUAGCGAGCUAUACCAGUCUGUCUCGGAUCCUUCUUGAGCAAGGGCAGAUUGAGGCCGCAAAGGAGGUGCAGGUGGAGGGCCUGAAGGCUGCUGAAUCGGGGGUGAAGGAGACUGAUCCUGCCAUGCUCCGGGCACGUCGCCAUUUAGCGGCAUUGGAUGGCCUUCAAGGAAAGUUCGAGGACGCAUACAACACGCUGCUCGCCGUGACGGAGAAGAGCCAAAUCAAUCCUGGCAGACAACACGCGGACACGCUUCGGGCUACGCGCGACCUGGCCGUCACUCUCGCCCACUUGGGCCGAUAUAACGAAGCCAAGGCAUUGUUGGAGGAAGUGCUGGAGAUUCGCAGGCAGGUCCUGGGCGCGGAAAACCUGGAGACGCUCAUCAGCAUGUUCGAUCUCGCCGAGUUGUACAAACUGCAAGACCCGGAGAACAACGCUGCCAGGGCAGCAGUCCUCGAGCGAGAGGUCGUCCGAGUCCGCGAGACAACCCUCGGCGAGGAGCACCCGGCGACCAUCCUCGCGAUGGAGAGCCUGGCCGACAGUCUCAGGUGGCAGAACCGGUACGAGGAGGCCGCGGGACUGGGCAAGAAGAUCGAGGAGAUCCUGAGCAAACCCCGCCGCAAACCCGCGCAGGAGAAGGACCAUGGACACCCGAAGUCGGCGCCGCUGCACACCAUGAGCUACAAGAUCCAGACGUACAAGCUCCCGCAGCCACCGCAGCGUCCGUGGCCCCAAGCAGUGCAGAUCGGAGGGUUGCCCAACAACGUCAAACCGCAGCGCGUCUCGGUCAGCAAUCUACCCGCCGGAUCAUCUCCUUCUUCCUCGUCGGGCCCGUCUUCGCCCUCGCUCUCCCCCCCGGCGGUCAAGGGCGAUGCUGCCCAGCGCCGCAAGUCGAACCCGGUGGACCGCAUCCUUGUGCGCUUCUCGCACCUCAAGGCCAAGGUCGGGGCGGCGUAUGACCAGGCCAAAUGAGGCGGCGUGGGAAAUACGGAGGACUGAAACUUGAGAUCUGACACACACACACGCGCGCGCGCAUGUUUCACGCUCGCACCCGCUUAUGCAAUGCUAUGUGUACAUCCUCAGCCAAGAACCAAGAGGCUGGAUUACGAGCCCGUUGAUAGGUAGUUACUAGUUAGCUACUUGACUUAAAAAAGAGUCGAACGCACAAGGGGGUACGAAGGAUAUCAUGAUCGCGAC